AGAGAGGACUGUACCAGGACAAGGUGUUCUGCUUCAUCCAUCUGAGUGUUCAGGAGUUUCUGGCUGCUCUUCAUGUCCAUCUAACUUUCAUCAACUCUGGACUCAAUCUGCUGGAAGAACAACGAACACUCUCCCAGUUCAAUCGAAGAAAUUCUUAUGAUAGGCUGAUUUUCUUCCAGAGUGCUGUGGACAAAGCUUUGCAGAGUCCAAAUGGACACCUGGAUUUGUUCCUCCGCUUCCUCCUGGGUCUUUCAGUGGAGGCCAAUCAGACUCUCCUACGAGGUCUGCUGCCACAGACAGAAAGUAGCUCACAGACCAAUAAGGAAACAGUCCAGUACAUCAAGAAGAAGCUCAGUGAGAAUCUGUCUGCAGAGAAAAGCAUCAAUUUGCUCCACUGUCUGAAUGAGCUCAAAGAUCGUUCUGUAGUGAAGAAGAUCCAACUAUCACUGAGAUCAGGAAGCCUCUCCACAGAUAAACUGUCUCCUGCUCAAUGGUCAGCUCUGGUCUUCAUUUUACUAACAUCAGAAGUAGAUAUGGAUGUGUUUGACCUGAAGAAAUAUUUUCCUUCAGAGGAGGGUCUUCUGUCACUACUGCCAGUGGUCAAAGCCUCCAACAAUGCUCUAUUAAGUGGCUGUCACCUCUCAGAGAGAAGUUGUAAAGCUCUGUCCUCAGUUCUCCUCUCCCAGUCAUCUAGUCUGAGGAAGCUGGACCUGAGUAACAAUGACCUGAAGGAUUCAGGAGUAAAGCUUCUUCUUCCUGGAGUGGCAAGUCCACACUCCAAACUGGAAACUCUGAGUCUCUCAGGCUGUCUGAUCACAAAUGAAGGCUGUGCUUCUUUGGCUUCAUCACUGAUCUCUAACCCCGCGCAUCUGAAAGAGCUGGACCUGAGCUACAAUAACAUAGGAGACUCAGUAGAAAAGCUAAGGGACCUACUGAAACUUGAAACUCUAAGGGUGGAGCCUGCUGGAGUCCGAUGGUUGAGACCAGGUCUGAGGAAGUAUUCCUGUCAACUCACAAUUGACACAAACACAGUACACACAAACCUCAAACUGUCUGAGAACUACAGGAAGGUGACACGUGUGAAGGAGGUUCAGUCAUAUCCUGAUCAUCCAGACAGAUUUGAUUAUCAUCCUCAGCUGCUGUGUAGAAAUGGUCUUACUGGUCGCUGUUACUGGGAGGUCGAGUGGAGAGGAGAUGUUUUUAUAUCAUUGAGUUACAGAAGAAUCCAAAGAAAAGGAGGCAGUGAUAACUGUGUGUUUGGUUGGAAUGAUCAGUCUUGGAGUCUGUACUGCACUGACAAUGGUCCUUGUUCUGUCUGGCACAGUAACAGACUAACAUCCAUCUCCUCCUCCUCCUCUGUCUCUAACAAAGUAGCAGUGUAUGUGGACUGUGCUGCUGGCAUUCUGUCCUUCUACAGAGUCUCCUCUGACACUCUGAUCCACCUCCACACCUUCAACACCACAUUCACUGAAACUCUUUAUCCUGGAUUCAUAGCCUGGCCUGGUUCCUCACUGUUUCUGUGCUCAGUUGAGUGUAAACAGUGUCCUCCUGUUAGAGAAAAACUCUGACUGUUGAACAGAUAGUUCAGUCUAUACAGCCUUAGGCCUAAUUAGUGGACUUGGCUGUAAAAUUGUGUGAACACCAAUUGCCUUAACCCAUUUCGGUUUUCAUGCAGGCUGAAACUAAAAUUUUCUAAAUAUAACAAAUAAAACAACAACAAAACUUCCCUUCAGCAGACUGACACUAUGUCCUGGGUGAACAAGGUCUGCUGGGAUGGAUUAGGGGAGUUAAAGUUGCAUAAAGUGUGAAAAUGCUGACAAUCUGGUUGUAUAUUCAUUCUUUACAUUCUGUCUUUGCUCUGAUGUAGGUAAUGAAUGCUUUGAGUAAAAUCAUGUUUAUUUUGAGCAUUUUAGGUCGACAGUUAUCUGCCUUGUAUAUACCUUUUUUAUGUGAGUUCUUAGCAGCUUGAAUCUCUGCAUUGGAGAUGGUGAUAGCAAAGUUAUUAUAACUGUCAGACACAAUAACCAAUUUUAUGGGAAAUACAGCAGGUUAAGAAGUACCAGAUUACCAUUUUAAAUUAGUUAGUUCUCAUCUCAGCUAUGGACGUUAUGUGACUGUGGCUGUAUGCACUGGAAGACCCCAGGGUUGAGAUGCUUCUGCAGGUAAGAUCUAGGGUUUGGUCCAUCCCACAAUAUGACAGAGGUUUGUCUACCUUGGAAAUCUGACAAUAUCAUUUCUACUUCUCUACAGCAGUUAUUUCUAAACUAUCUUCAGACUUGUGCUGUUGAAGGGAUGGAGACCUUAUCAGUGCAUCUUGGCUUUACUAUGAAUAAAGAUGGAGAAAAGCAGAUUAAAUUAAUUUAACACACUG